AUCAUGUCCUGUACUCCCAUCCUACUCAUGCUACUGGCCUACUGCACAGGUUAUGGCACCCAGCCUGUGCUGCAUCAGCCGCCGUCUGUGUCCUCAUCCCUUGGAACUACAGUCCGCCUAACCUGCACCCUGAGCAGUGACUAUAAUAUUGGCUUUUACAGCAUCUUCUGGUACCAGCAGAGGCCAGGCCAGCCUCCGAGGUUCCUGCUAAGAUACUUCUCAUACUCAGACAAGCACCAGGGCCCUAAGGUCCCCCCUCGCUUCUCUGGAUCCAAAGACAUGGACAGGAACCAGGGAUAUUUGAGCAUCUCUGAGCUGCAGCCUGAGGAUGAAGCUAUGUAUUACUGUGCUUUGGGGACAGGGCGUCCAGAGAGGGAGAAGGAAAUGGAAAAGGAGAGGGGGGAAGAAAAGGUCCCAGGUACCCAGGGCACAUAUACCUUGACCUGAAGAUGGGCUUGAUGGGAGAAACUGGUGUGGGGAGGAGGAGCACGGAACCACAGGGCUAUGCAGAGCAAGAGGAAACCACUCACCUUGUCCUUGUCCGGCAGUUGCUGUAACCCCACUGGUAGUGCAUUACAGAAUUAAAGCUGUUUAUCCUGGAAAGUUGUUUUUCUGAGUUUGA